AUGGUCUCGAGUACGGUUUUUGUCGUCGCUCAGGUUGCCCUCGCCGCCCUUGUGGCCCAUGUGAUCUACCAGUGUUAUUUCCACCCGCUUGCGCGCUACCCCGGGCCUUUCUUGGCUCGUUUUACCAAUCUCUGGAGACUGUUCACGUUUUUGGGCGGUCAACAUCAUCUUUUAGAGCAGCAUCUGCAUGAUAAAUAUGGCCAUGUUGUCCGCGUAGCGCCAAAUUGGCUCUCAUUCGACGACCGACGAGACUUUGAUGCCAUCUACGGUUUUAAUAAAUCUGUCGAAAAAGACGACUUCUACGUGUUUGGUGGCCCUCGCGACAAUCGCGUGCCGAGCGUAUUCGCUCUUGAAACCGAUGCAGCUCAUCGUCAGAGGAAACGUAAGGUAGUUGGGCCAGCCUUGACGAGCGCGAAGAUAACAAGAUAUGAACCCGUUAUAACCAAGCAUGUGGACCUUUUCUUUACGCGAACAGAGGCCGAGUCCUCAUCAAGACAAGGUGGCAAGAUGGCCGUGGUGAAUCUGGCACCGCUGGCUCACCGGUUCACCAUGGACGUCAUGCUCGAGCUCAUCUAUGGCCCCGAUGUUAUCUCGCAUCCGUAUACUGACUCUGCGAUUGGGGCCACUAUGUGUUCAGCCAUGCGCAAGUUGACCAAGAUGGCGUGGAGCUUCUCGCUAUGCCCAUCGUACGGCUGGAUCAUGAAUAGCCGCUUCAUCGGUACAGUGUUACGCAAACUGACCACCAGCAAACAGGGCCCCACAGAUCUUAUGGCGCUCAUGGCUUCGAGCCACGCGAUGAUCUUUCGGCGUCCCGAACAGGUUAGCUACCUGCACAGCCCGGGAUCGUGA